AUAAAAAAAGAAAGCAGAGUUCCACUAGCUCACUUUUGGUGAGCCGUUUCAAAGCCAAAUCCCUCUGGUAAUUACCACUACUACUAUUACUUGACACUCGUCUCAUCGGAUGACUAAUAAAGUCUUUGAGACAUCCUAAUCCUUGUAACUCCUCGUAACUCUUGUAUUUCAGGCCGUGUCCAGGUAACCUGGCGACAGACAAUCGCUGUCCAACUCUUAAAUCUUCGUCCCAGGAGCCUGGAAGUCGCGAGAAUGUUGUCAUUAUUAUGUCAACCGCGAGAGAUGUGAGACGUAGGCGCCAAUCUCUCAUUGUUGCCUGGUCGUGUUGAUUGAAUGCUCAAUUAGAGGCGUCGCUUUGAGUCCUCUGAGGGGCAGAGUCUUUUGUGCAUUCCUGGCAAGUGCCCGUACGACCGAGUGGCAUAAUCAAUGGCGUAUAGCCCCUAGACUCAAAGACCGUAUCAUUGCCUUUUCACAUCUCGUUAAAAUGUGAGACUAACUUCGAUUUGUUGCUUUCCGCGAGAAGGAAUAUUUAUCCCCCCAUUUGGUCUCGUGAAAGCUGACGUCAACACUUGGCAAUACAUUUCAACUGGCACAUGUUCCAUACGCAACCAUACGAGUCGUAUACGACUCGUCUUUUUGAAAAAUCUUCGUCGAUAUUCGCGUUGCUCAGAAAGUCAGGCAGGUGACUCACGCUGACUGAUUCGCUCCACCUCAGAAUGGUUCGAUUAGGAGAUAAAGACUUCAUCCGUUGCGCCUACGCUUCGAGUUCUUCGUGUCCCGCGGAUGUUUGUUUUGAUAGAUUUCGUAAGAAGCUUUGUAUAGAGACAGAAACCGUGCCACCAGCACUGCUAGAACUUGAGACGUUUAGUGAUUUGUACUGCCCACUCGUACCAGCACUAAAGAGAAUCGAGGAUUUUAUGCAGUGAACUCACUGGCGCUACUUCUACCCGAGCGAUAAGUUGAGUGGCUAACAAGUGAACUGGAAAGUGACUGUACACCUAAGUGAAAGGAUUAGUCAGUUCCAGGAACCUGUGUGUGGAGUUAGGAUAGAAAUGGACUUACUGAUGACAUAUUAAAAUCAUUAAAUUAAAAGAUUUCUAACGUCAUCGUGAUUGGUAGAUCCAUGAUUAUCGUGUUAGUGUGAUUUUCUUUUUGUGAUAAACUACGAAGGGAUUUACGUGACUUUACGGUUAGAAAAAUCAGCCAUAUUAGACCUAGUUUGCGACGCCUAUUCCUUCCAGUAGGCCUAUACGCCUAUAGGAUCCUUUUGGGAGGAUAGUCCUACAAAGUUGUUGGUGUUUAGGAAAGAGAGAAAAUAAAUAUAAAGAGACAAAGAAUUGAGCAAAAAAAAAAAAAAAAAAAAAAAUGAAGUGUGUCAUGGAAUUAAGUGCCUUUGUCUUAGUGAUUUUCUUAACACUGGAACCUGCAGUCGGAGACGAAGGCAGCCACAAACACAGAAGAAGGCACAGUUCGAAAACGGCGGGGAUGCAAAUGCAAAGUCCCAAAGUCAAACCUUGGAAAGAAUGGAGGAGAUGGUGGGAGGAGCAGGGCGACCAAUCCAAAAAUCAUGUGGCUAGCGGAACCAGUAGAGGUCGUCAGUAUUAUAGCAGAGGGCCAGGCAGCAGGCAGAGUGCCCUGACGGGGGCAACGAUGCCCGAGCCGGGCAGCGACAGUUUCAACUACGACCUGGUGGAACUGGGCGGGGGGCUCUACAACUCGUGGACCAGCUGGUCGAAAUGCUCCCGAAGGUGCAAGCAGAGGAGAAGGAGGACUUGCAAGGUGCCCGCCGUCUGCGGCGAUGGCAUGUUGAAGGAGGAGCGAAGUUGCAGCGGUGGCCGGUGCACCGGCAGGAGGCCUUUCCACAUCAUACGCCCGGAGGAAUUCACGCGCCAGCCGCCCAAGAACGACAUGAGAGUCCUCCUCAAUUUCAACACCAUGUUCUACACCCGCUGGUCCCGAUGGUCCUCUUGCAGCAGGAACUGUCUGACGAGGAGACACAGGUCCUGCAAGUAUCCCUUGUUCUGCGGUGCUCGCGUCGUUAACGAAGAAACCUUCUGUUACGUCGAGGGGUCCCUGUGCGAAAAGUGGUACAGGCGGAACAGGAAACAGCCGAGGAAGCAAAAACAGAAAGGAGACGGUGCUGAAGAGGACAGUGAACCACCCAGAACCCAAGUGUCCACCACUCCCUACACGCCGUCUCACUCGUCCUUCUCGUGGUCUUCUUCGUCUUCCCCGGAAAGAUCACUCCCGAAAGAGUGUGGCGUCAGCAAUGUCACGACUCCAAAGUGGAGUCUGAGGAUCCUGGGCGGGCAAGAGGCGCAGCCUGGAGAAUGGCCGUGGCAAGUGGUCAUUCUCAACAGAUAUAGGGAGGCUUUCUGUGGUGGAACACUGGUUGCUCCCCAGUGGGUGCUGACAGCAGCCCACUGUGUGAGGAGGAAGCUUUAUGUCCGACUUGGAGAGCACGACCUGGCUGUAAGGGAAGGAGCUGAACUGGAUUACAAGGUAUCGAGAUCAGUUACCCAUCCCAAAUACGACUCCACGACUGUUGAUAAUGACGUGGCACUUCUGCAACUCCCAGAACCUGUAGAUCCUGGGCCAAGGAUUUUCCCCGUUUGCCUUCCUGAGCAAUGGGCCACCCUGCCUGUUGGUGAUACUUGCACCAUCAUAGGAUGGGGGAAGGAGAGGAACACCCACAUCUUUGGUACAGAUGUCCUUCAUGAAGCAGAGGUAGUUCCAAUCAUAGCCAGCAACGUGUGUGAGGCUGUCUAUGAGGAUUACUACAUAACGUCCAACAUGUUCUGCGCAGGAUACAGAAGAGGACGUGUCGAUUCCUGUGCGGGGGAUUCUGGAGGACCCCUUCUGUGCCAACGUCAGGGUAGAUGGUACAUUUACGGCAUCACCUCUUUUGGCGAAGGAUGUGGCAAGAGGGGGAAGUUUGGCAUCUAUGCAAAAGUUUCCAACUAUCGCCACUGGGUCGAAAGUGUCAUCGCUGCUCCGGAUCCUUAAAAGCGAUGCUUCAGACAAGUUUCCCAUCCUUAGACUGAGAAUGUCCAUAAUGCUCAUCCAGGAAAAUGAUGUAUACCCAUUCUUAACUUACACUGGGCCAUUGUGACAAUGAUUGCUUCUGACAAAGGGGAACUGAUCACCUUUUGUUUAGCAGAUCUGGUAUGAACCCUGCAAGUACCUGAGUGGCUUCUAAUCAUCAGAGGUGACUGGAAGCAGAAAAGCUGUGGUGAUUGGCCUCACCUCCAUUUUCACCAUCUGCAAGAACCAAAAUAUUAUAUCGGCUUUAUCUGGAAAUAAGCGCCAGGUACAGAGAGAGUCAUUAUCAGGUUAUAGUAAGUGGAAUUUGCUUGUCGAGGGAAUACCUGGAUAGAUCUCACAUUGAGACUUUGAAUCAGGUACUAUUAUAUUUCCUUCUGGCAAUGGGAUGAUUUCACAGGAGUCAUAUAAAGGAAUCUUGCUUACUUUUU